CACUACAUUGUGAUAGUUUUGGCUCUACAAAUCUUUUUAACAAAGUACCUAGCAGGGCUAUUGAUAGGGCAAUUUUUCCAUUUAAGAAAAAACUUAGACAUGAAAUCAGUAUUAAAAAAGCUAGAAUUAAUGAGUUAGAAGAUCAGAUCGAAGAGGUAAAAAGAGAAGUCGUUAAGAUGCAGAUAGAUACUGAAGAAGCUGUAAAUCGACAUAAAGAAGAACUUGAUAAAAAAGAAACAGAACUCCAAAAUAUAAAAUACAUAUACGUCCAAAAAUAUCACGACCUUGAAAGAGAAGUCAACGAAUUAAAGAAAAAAAUAGAAACCCUAGAGAUCGAUCUCGAAUGCUCACAAAGAUUAAAUAGUCGAAUCAUACCAAAUUAUAAUGCACAAUAUGAAAUUCUUCGAGAAAGAACAACUGCUUAUCAAAUUAUGUUAAACAAACAAGGUAUUAUGACAACACCCGUAUUUGAAAGAUCAGAAUCAGAAGACAUGGCACUUUACUUUUAUGAAGACGAAAAUAAUAAUCAAAUCGAUAAUCAAACCGAUAGAUAA